CUUCACCCCCAUGAAGGUCUUGUCACCACUAGUUUCCAUAGCUCUCGCACAGAACACGCUCUGUGCAGCGAAUGGAUAUACCAGUGAAUCAGAGGUCCCAUACUAUGGCCGAAGCCCUGCCGUAUACCCCUCCCCCAUUGGAGAUGGAGCGACCAGCCCAGUCUGGCAGGAUGCGUACCAGCGCGCCAAAACCCUGGUCUCUCAACUAACCCUCGAAGAGAAAGCUAACCUCACUCGAGGCUUCAGCGGUCAGUGCGUUGGCAACACUGGCGCGAUCCCGCGCCUUUCUAUCCCAUCGCUUUGCUUCGCCGAUGCGCCAGAUGGCAUUCGGGGUCAAGAGUUUGUGUCGGCCUUUCCUGCAGGUAUUCAUGUGGCGGCAACAUGGGAUCGCUCGCUCAUGUACCGCUACGGCCACGCCCUGGGCGAGGAGUACCAGGGUAAGGGGAUUAAUGUCGCCUUAGGUCCGGUUGCAGGGCCGUUGGGAAGAGUGGCGAGAGGCGGGCGCAAUUGGGAAGGUCUAGGGGCUGACCCAUACCUUGCAGGUGGAGGCAUGGGGGCCAUCACAAAGGGAUUCAAGGAUGCGGGAGUGAUUGCCACGGCGAAGCAUUGGCUCUUGAAUGAGGAAGAGUGGAGAAGAAAUCCCGGUGAUAUGGGAGAGGCGCUCAGUUCCAAUGUCGAUGACAGGACCCUUCACGAGCUCUAUGUUUUCCCAUUCAUGGACUCAUUAAGAGAAGGGGUCGGAAGUGUCAUGUGCUCCUAUCAACGCGCAAACCACAGCUAUGGGUGCCAGAACUCAAAGCUCCUCAAUGGUGUAUUGAAGACCGAGCUCGGCUUUGAGGGGUUUGUGGUAAGCGAUUGGGAAGCUCAACACGCUGGUGUUGCCUCGGCCAACGCAGGCCUAGACGUUGUCAUGCCGGACGGUGGGUUCUGGGGUCACAAUCUGACGGAGGCUGUCAGCAACGGCAGCGUCAGCAGCGAGCGACUAGAUGAUAUGGCAACGCGAAUCUUGGCGACCUGGUUCUCUGCCGGUCAGGAUGAGGGUUAUCCUUCCCCGGCCGUUUACUCGGAGUCGGAAAAGCACUCACCUGUUGAUGUCCAGGCAGACCAUGCGACGUUGAUCCGUGAAAUUGGGUCCGCCGGAACUGUUUUGGUCAAAAAUGUCGACAACGCACUGCCAUUCACGAAUUCAACCAGAUACCUAAGUGUCUAUGGCUACGAUGCGACGGUUAGUGAAGCUCCGUGGGCGAAUCCAUCCCGGUAUGGUGGCGGCUACGAAGUGAAUUUUGGAUGGAACACCUUCAAUGGCACGCUCAUCACCGGGGGUGGCUCCGGAGGCAGCACUCCUCCGUACGUAGUGAGUCCCUUCCAAGCCCUACAGGAGCGAGCCUCGCGCAAUCGGGGGACUCUUCGCUGGGACUUCUACUCCGAAAACCCCUCUCCUGCAUACGUGAAUAGUGACGCCUGCCUCGUAUUCAUCAACGCGUAUGCUUCGGAGGCCUUUGACCGAUUGAGCCUUACAGACGAGUUCAGCGACAACCUUGUACGCAACGUUGCCGCCAACUGCUCCAACACCAUUGUUAUCAUCCAUUCAACAGGUAUCCGUACUGUUAAUGCGUGGAUCAAUCACCCCAACGUGACUGCAGUUCUCUUCGCCGGUCUCCCCGGCCAAGAAAGCGGCCAUUCGCUUGUCGAUAUCCUUUACGGUGAUAUCAGCCCGUCUGGAAGGCUUCCCUACACCGUCGCUAAGAACGAAUCUGACUACGGACACCUACUCAAUUCGACGAUUUCCUUUGACGCAUUCCCCGAAGUCAACUUCACCGAGGGCCUAUACAUUGAUUAUCGAGCCUUUGACCGCGACGGUAUCGAGCCACGGUUUGAAUUCGGCUUUGGUCUGUCAUACGCCACCUUCCAAUACUCUGACCUGGAAAUCAUAUCUACCCGGAAUAGCAUUUCCCCUCUCGUGGAUCCCAAAAUUCCGAUUAUCCAAGGUGGACAUCCAGAACUCUGGGAUGUCUUGUUUAACGCUACCUUUUCCCUCACAAACACGGGCGACGUAUCCGCUUCCGAGGUAGCGCAGCUAUACAUCGGCAUUCCCAACGCUCCUAUUCGACAGCUGAGAGGCUUCGAAAGGGUACCCCUGGAAUCAGGAGAGACAAAGCAGGUGACCUUCCCGGUAACUCGAAGAGAUCUCAGUAUAUGGGACGUGGUAUCCCAACAGUGGAGGCUCCAGACAGCCAAUUACACUCUUUUUGUGGGAGCUAGUAGUAGGAUCCUACAUUUGAACGGGACUCUUGAGAUUGUCUAG